UUAAUUUCCCCCUCCUUCAUCAUAGUUUUGGAAGGGUUAUAGUGGGUGCUGUCGCGUAUACUCGAUUAAUUUUAUACGACUAGUCUCGUAUCGGCUGCUUGUGCGAACGGUCCGCUUCUCAUAACCGAGAGAAAAAAUGUAUUCCGUUGGAGGAAGCAACGGCGGCAACAGCGGCAGCAGACGUAUGAAUUAUUACGUGCCGAUUCCCGAUGUUGAAACUCCAACGUGUGAAAACAACAUUUCGUUGGAUCGUCGCGCGGUUCGUAUACUCAGCAGACGAUACGCGCUGACAGCUACGGAAUACAAAUUCCUCGAAAUUGGUAUCAACGUGGGUCCACCGAGCUACGUGGAGAUCGCCAUUGGAGAUCCUCGCCGAGGAAAGGAACUGCUGUUGUCUCUCGAAACGUGGAAGGCGCUAUACGAGCAACGGCAAAAUAUUCAGAAUUUCUUUCGCAAUGACUUCAAAGAUAUCCAUAGUUUUAUAAACGUUGGACCGCUAACGGUGAGAGUUUGUACGGUUAAUAACAUCAAACUCAUACGUCUCGAAUCUGCAAACGUAUGCUUGAGAAUGACCGAAUCGACGUUGCAUCGUAUGUUCGAUCUCGAUCGGUGCAUCGAUGCGAGAUUCAAUCAUUUGAUCAGAAUACUUGCGACGGUCGAUGCAAAGUUUGCGCAGUUCUCCGAUAUCGCGUCCACUGCAAAGGAUCCCAAAGAAGCGUCGAAUGUAAUAUACGCUAGAGAUGCGUUCAAUACGAAUCAGAUCAUCGAUU